UCACUUCAUGUGCAGAACUCUUCAUGCAAAGAGAAAAACUGGCGUGCAGGAGUUUCACAUCCUCACAGGUCACGUGUGCAAAGACGUCCUAUUAUUCAAACAGUCAGCAUGCUUUCAUACGUGUGCAGUGUCUAUGAAAUACUGAACGCCUCGGCUUCGUCUCAUUAUGUGUUAAUCUGCCUGUGCAGCCUUCACACUCUGAAUUAAAGAUUUCCAGCAGCGACGUUGAUGCCGACAGCAUCAUAAAUGAUCAUCAGACGCUCUGAGAUCGACUCUUUCACAUCGUUUCUGUCUCUUCUUCGUCUCCUCAGGCCUCCCAUGAAAUCCUCUCACCUGAAAUCCACCCACACACACCUGCAUCCAGCUCAGCACGUGCACGUACGAGUGCUUUACGAUGAAUAUCAUCAGUAUUUUCAGGCUGAAAGAUUAUGUGAAGGCUUGCUGCAGGGUUGUGCUCUUAGACACCUGCAGGAGAUAAUCCACUUUGAAUGUGCAGCCGGCCUCGAGCCGACAGGCUGUGCGGGUAAAAACUGUUUUUAGUUUGAUAUUUAUGUCAGCCUUCAUCACGCUGCACAUGGAGGCUGGGACAAAGAGGUUACCAACAAGAGAAGUGUCACUGCGUCAGGGUGGAGGCUCACUGCUGCGUUUGUGUUUGUGAAACAAUAAAAAUGCAUCAAGAGUUUCAUCAUCAGGACUCAAAGAUCAUCUUUUAUAAGAGACGUGAAGCCAAACAUUAUUCUGUGUGGACCGAUGCUUCCUGAGUUAGAACAGGACUCCUCAUCAGUAAUCAGUCCUGCUGCUGAGUUACACUAAUAGCCUCUGCCAAGUUGCUCCUUCCAAUAAGGUUAGGGUGUAAUCCUCGCCAGCUAAUGAACUACCAAGUAGGAUUUCAGGUGCAGGGUAAACCUUGACCUGAUGCUCCAAACCCUUUUCAACACAGCACACUGCAGGUACAACAGAAAGGUCGGCAACCCGAGGGACAGAAAGACAGAAAAGAAAGACAGAAAGAGUUGGAGACGCUGACGGAGAGGACGGAGAUGAUUUCUGUUUGUUGAUGGAAGAACGAGGAGCAAAGAAGAGACGUCGGAUGUUUCCUGGUUGGAUUUAAUUUACAGUCUUCAAGUCUUUAUCUGACUCCGAUACAAGAAAGUACGACAAAGGUGCAGCCAUGGACCUCGGUGGUUUGGAAACGGUGGUGGCAAACUCUGCCUACGUCUCAGCCCGCGGCAGCGUCGAUGGCACGGCGGCGGCCGCCAUGCGUGACAAGAAGAUGCGAGCCAAGCUGAAUCUUCCACACAUCAGAAAUUGCGAACACAUGAAGUCGUCUAUAGACACGACCUUCGACACCAUGUGUAUCAAACAGCCCAUUGGCAAGCGCCUCUUCCGACAGUAUUUAGAGAGCGACCCGGCCCACAAAACCGCUGCAGAGCUGUGGAAAGACUUUGAAGACUACAACAUAUGCCAAGAGAAGGACAGAGUUCAGAGGGCCCAAAAAAUUGUCAAUAAAUACUAUGAGUCAGCUUCAAAGAAUUUCUGCAGCUUCCUGGAGGAGAAGGCCGUCGCUCGAGUUAAGGAAGACUUCAAGAACGUCCGCGGUGACCUGUUCAAAGAGAGCGAGCAGCAGCUGCUCAAACACCUGGAGAAGAAGGCCGUCGACGGCUUCAAGGACAGCAUGUACUUCCUGCGUUUUGUUCAGUUCAAAUCGCUGGAGAGCCAGCCCGUUGAUGAAGAAUGGUUCAUCGACUUCAGGGUCCUGGGUAAAGGAGGUUUUGGGGAAGUCUUUGCAUGUCAGGCGAAGGCAACGGGCAAAAUGUACGCCAACAAGAAGCUGGAGAAAAAGAGGCUGAAGAAACGCAAAGGAUACGAGGGAGCGAUCGUGGAGAAGCGCAUCCUUGCAAAAGUUCACAGUCGCUUCAUCGUGUCGCUGGCUUACGCCUUCCAGACCAAGACUGACCUCUGCCUAGUUAUGACCAUCAUGAAUGGUGGAGAUCUCAGGUUUCACAUGUAUAACGUGGACGAGAAGAAUCCUGGUUUUAAUGAGAAUCGAGCUUGUUUCUACACAUGUCAGAUCAUCUGUGGGCUCGAGCAUCUUCACCAGCACAGGAUCAUCUACAGAGACCUGAAACCAGAGAACGUGCUGCUGGAUGACGCAGGACACGUCCGUCUGUCAGAUUUGGGUCUCGCUGUUGAACUCCCGCCAGGAAAAGACAAAACGACCGGAUACGCUGGAACUCCAGGUUUCAUGGCUCCAGAGCUGCUCCAGAAGAAACUGUACGACUACACGGUGGACUACUUUACUCUGGGAGUCACCCUGUUUGAGAUGAUCGCCGCGAAAGGCCCCUUCAGAGUGCGAGGAGAGAAGGUGGAGCACGAGGAGGUAGCUCGCAGAAUCAUCAACGAUCCGGUUUCAUACACACCAAACUUCAGCAAAGAGUGCAAGGACAUUUGUGAAGGGCUGAUGCACAAGGAUCCGGAGAAACGCCUCGGGUUUAAGAAUAACACCUGUGACGAGCUCAAGAACCAGCCCUUCUUCAAGGAGAUCAACUGGGGCCGCCUGGAAGCAGGUAUGCUACCUCCACCGUUUGUCCCCAAUCCUCGGACGGUCUACGCCAAAGAUAUUGACGACGUGGGCGCCUUCAGCACGAUCAAAGGCAUCGUCCUGGACAACAAGGACACAGAGUUCUAUGCUGACUUCGCUUCUGGCAACGUCCCGAUCCCCUGGCAGGAGGAGAUGAUCGAGACGGGCGUGUUCGGAGAGCUGAACAUCUGGGGACAGGACGGCAAGCUGCCCAACGACCUCGACCCGAACUACGUGGAAAGCAAAGGUGGAGGAUGUGUGAUCCUCUGAGUCCCAGAGAGGAGCUGAAGAUGAAUAUCUGCUGAGAUUAAACACAUUUAGACUCAUCUGGUGCCACUGUAUUCAUUUGUAAAAUAGUAUUUGUUGUGUAUUUACAUAUUCAUAUAUAUUAAUAUUAUUAUUAUGUACUUAUAUUGUAAUAUUUAUAGCAUUAAAAUGGCAUCAUUACAUAUUUUAAAUAUUAUGAAAAUGUAAAUAAUAAGGACUGUUUGGUUAGUAAUAACUGAAAAAAUGAUAUUGUAUAGAGACACAUGCAGUGUUUAUGUAAAAUAAAUGAAGAGGAGCCGCUACACUGACACUGUAAUAUGAUGUAAUUAUUCUUUAUUUAUUUAUUAUGUGUUUAAAUUGUUAUAAUUGUAGCAUAUUAUCGUA